GCUUAAAUUCAUAUACGGGUUCCACUUAAAAAGUCUACCUAACCUAAAGUGGCUCAAAACUUUAAAUUUCCAUUGACGCCUCGAAACUCUCAACUCGAAACAUACUUACCUGCUAAACAUCUAUCGCAACAAGUUGUUGUGUAAAUAUGCCAUGCUACCUUUGACCACAAGAUGGUUAUUCUCAGUGAGGCCCAUACGGCGGUUCACAAUAACGAGAUGCUAUCGAUACAGGUUUUCUACAUCCUUAACAGUCCGUACGGCUGACGUGGUUGAUAUCUCUAACCCGUUCCAAAGCAUUCGCCUUCGUGAUUAUCAAGAAGAAUGCAUUCAGUCCGUUUUAAGUUCCCUCGACAAUGGCCAUAAGCGAUUAGGAAUAUCGCUAGCUACCGGAUCCGGUAAAACAGUCAUCUUCACUCAGUUGAUUGAUCGGAUUAAGACCGCCUCAAGAGAUGUUGAUCAGACCCUGAUUCUGGCUCACAGGCGAGAACUUGUUGAACAAGCAGCUCGCCACUGCACCUCUGCCUAUCCUCACAAAACAGUAGAAAUUGAAAUGGGCAAUAUACAUGCGUCGGGAACCGCCGAUAUCACCAUCGCUAGCAUACAGAGUAUUAACUCUGGUAAUCGCAUCAGCAAGUACGAUCCCAGACGGUUUAAACUCGUGCUCGUUGACGAAGCACAUCAUAUAGUUGCGCCCGGAUAUCUAAAGAUUCUGGAGCAUUUCGGCCUUGAUAAGAAGAGAGAUGACUCGCCAGCACUUGUCGGUGUGUCCGCAACACUUUCUCGCGCCGAUGGACUUCGUCUGGGUGCCGCAAUCGAUGAAGUGGUAUAUCAUAAAGACUACGUUGACAUGAUAGGGGAUAAAUGGUUGUCCGACGUCAUUUUUACUACAGUCGAGUCCACUGCCGAUGUUUCACAAGUCGGAACUGGUAGCACUGGGGACUUUCAAACCCGCGAGCUGUCCAAGGUGGUGAAUACUAAGCAAGUGAACGAGAUUACCGUUCGCAGUUGGCUUGCAAAGGCUUCCGAGAGGAAGUCGACGCUAGUCUUUUGCGUGGAUCUCGCGCAUAUCGACGGCUUAACCAAGACGUUCCGCGAGCACGGCAUUGAUGCCAGGUUCGUAACGGGAGAAACGCCAAAGGUUGAAAGAAGCGAAAUCCUUGAAGCUUUUCGACGCCAAGAAUUUCCCGUGCUCAUCAACUGUGGCGUCUUUACCGAAGGAACCGAUAUUCCCAAUAUUGAUUGCGUUGUCCUCGCCCGGCCAACCCGCUCCCGCAAUUUAUUAGUACAAAUGAUAGGGAGAGGCAUGCGGCUUCAUCCAGAUAAGAAGGAUUGCCACAUCAUCGAUAUGGUCUCAAGUCUAUCUGUCGGUAUAGUGACAACACCUACUCUCUUCGGUCUCGACCCGUCUGAGCUGGUAGAGAAGGCAACCCCGCGUGAUUUGCAACACUUGAAGAGCAGUCAGGAGGCAGCAGAGAUUAAUAUUAGACGCAAGAUUACUUUUGUCGAGUAUGAUUCCGUCUUUGACUUGAUUGCAGAUACAUCUGGUGAGAGGCACAUUCGGGCAAUCAGUCCGCACGCAUGGGUACAAAUUAAUCCAAACAGAUGGAUAUUAUCUGGCCCGGACGGUACCUUUAUCCGAUUAGAAAAGGAAACAUCGGGAGACGAGAAGGGAAUGUUUGUAGGCUGUGAGGUCCGGGCUCUUCCCAAAAGCAAAAAAUCCAAGUCUCCGUAUGCUGCGCCUCGACAGUUAUUGUCAACACCUAUCUUCGCUGAUGCUGUUCACGGAUGUGACAGAUACGCGUCCGAGAUGUAUCCCCAUCUUCUUAUUUCAAGGAACCAGCGCUGGCGCGAAGGACCACCUACCGAGGGUCAGCUCAAUUUCUUAAAUAGGAUACGAGAGGAUGGGGAUAAGUUAAAAGAAGGAGAUAUCACAAAAGGCAAGGCCGCAGACAUGAUAACCAAAUUACGCCAUGGUGCCCGAGGUCACUUCGCUGUCCUUGACGCCGACCGAAAGAGAAAGCAGAGGCGUCAGACUUUAGACGAGGCGAAAGAAAAGAUGAUGAAGAUUCGGGAAAAGGUGUCUAUUGGACCUCUGUCAGCUUGAAUCCCGUAACCACUAUUGUUACAGUUACACCUCCUAAUCACAAUCGACCGACUCAACUCAAACGCUUUUUAACAAUACGUCCGUCACUAUGUGAUACUCGAACUAAAUCUUCAGUAAUCAUAAGCCCAAAGAGUCAAUUUGAAUUAGGACUCGAUAUACGGUCAUGCAUCCAUUCAACCCGUCUUCUACCGACGGUUCAUGGAGUAUAUUAGACCUAAUGUCACGCGCAGAUAUCCUUGGGGUGAAAUUUGCUAUGGAAUUAUUCAUGUUAGGUACUCUAUGCUAUAUAUAUAAGUUGGUCGAGCGACGGCUCGCCUUCAAAUACCAG